GUCCAGGACUGAGACAGGUGCCUCUCUAAAGAUUUCAGGACAACGUCCCAUCACCUCUACUACACACAGGAUUUCUCUGGAGCAGUAAUAUGGCUCAGGAUCUCACCGAGAAGGAGCUGUUAAAAAUGCAGAUCGAUCAACUUAAGAAGGAAGUGAAGAAUGAAAGAUCUAUGAUUUCCAAAACAGGGAAAGAACUGAAGGACUAUGUGGAAGCUCAUGCUGGAGAUGACCCCCUCCUUAAAGGCAUCCCUGAGGACAAAAAUCCCUUUAAGGAGAAAGGUGGUUGUAUGAUAAGCUGACCACCCCUUCCCCCAGUCUUGACCCUCACCCGGAGGCUCUGCUUUCCCCCAGUCCCCUAGCUGAUCACCUGCAGACCCAAAUUCCAGGCAAGCAAAUACCAUUCUACUCUACCCUCCCAAUUCUGUCCACUUUCCUCCAAGGUUAUACCCAUUCUUUCCUAGUUAACUAAUUGGAUGUUAAAACCUAAUUGUGCAGGGCCAGGAAAAUGCUGCCAGCUCAAUCCAAAGGGCUAUGUAGGGGACAA